CAAAGAGUAGUUCGUCUUAUGUAGAGAUUGAACACUAAACAUUUUUAUGCUGUUUUUUCUUUUAUCUGUUAAACAAAAUUAAUUCAUCGACAAUCGAACGGAAACCGGUUCCCAUCAGAGAUUGGAUUUACAACCGCCGCCGCUGCGGGAGGAAAUCAGCUAGAAAACGUCUUCAGUAAACUCGACGUUGAAGGUACUCUGUUCAUGGCGUACAUCUACAAGAUCGAUCUGAUCUUUCCGUCCUUUAUGAUUUGGAGUUGAAACUUGGACUGGACUUCUGGCAGCGCGGUGCUCCGGGACAACGUGACGCUUAUGUUAUGGUCUCACAAGAAAAUAACAAGGAAUUCCUGGAUCUACUAGACAGAAAUAGAAUAGUACAUUACCUUCAUUUUGACAACGUUGUAGAAGUCCUCGAUAAACACGAUAAGGAUGUAGAAUUUUGGCGCUCUAGAAGAAACUCUAGAAGUUUCCCAUACCAAGAUUAUCUUCGAUAUGCAGAGAUAGAUGCUUAUCUAGAAAGAGUAGCUGAACAGUAUCCAGAAAUAGUCACAUUGGUUAACGCUGGACUAAGUUAUGAAGGGAGAAAUGUUAAGUAUCUUAAGAUAUCGACAACCAAUUUCACAGACACCAGCAAACCUAUAUAUUUCAUGAAUGCAAUGAUACAUGCUCGAGAAUGGGUCACCACACCUGUAGCGAUGUAUUCUAUCUAUAGACUGGUUGAAGAAGUACGAGCUAAUGAACGAGAUUUACUCGACAGCACUGACUGGAUAAUUAUGCCGUUAGUUAAUCCAGAUGGCUAUGAAUACAGCCACACUGAUGAUCGCUUAUGGCGUCGCACACGCUCUUACAAUCCUGCAGUAAGUGAAACUUGCUAUGGCGUUGAUGGAAAUCGUAAUUUCAACGUCUCAUUUAAUACUAUUGGCGUGUCAUCUGAUCCUUGCUCCAAUAUUUACCCUGGCGUGAGUCCUUUCUCUGAAGUAGAGAUGGGAUACGUUAGAGAUGUUCUACACGAAUAUGUGGACCGUAUGCAAGUUUACCUUGAUAUCCACAGCCAAGGGAAUUAUGUGUUAUUCGCGUAUGGUGAUGACACUCUACCACCGAAUGCUGUACCGUUACACCAUGUUGGUUCAGUUCUGGGAGCUGCUAUAGAUGUUCAUAAGUUACCUGAAGCUUUGUACUAUAUUGUUGGGAAUAGUGCUUAUCUAAUGUACGGAACUUCUGGUACCGCUCAGGAUUAUGGACAGCUUGUUGGAGUACCUUUCGCCUACACAAUAGAAUUACCAGGACAUGGUUACGGUCACGUGGUUCCACCGCGAUACAUCGAACAGAUGGUCGAAGAAACUUGGCAAGGAAUCGUCGCCUCCGCUCGGGUGUCCGCGAUAUACUAUCAAAGUCGAAACUAAUCAGACCUAGAAG